GCGGCGCGGUGCCUCCGCGCUGAGCCCGUGCUGAGCCCACCGCGUCUGUCCCAGGCACCAUGCCGGCCCUCAGGCCUCUCGUGAAACCCAAAAUCGUCAAGAAGAGGACCAAGAAGUUCAUCCGCCACCAGUCUGACCGCUAUGUCAAGAUCAAGCGCAACUGGCGGAAACCAAGAGGUAUCGAUAACAGAGUUCGCAGGAGGUUCAAGGGUCAGAUUCUGAUGCCCAACAUCGGUUAUGGGAGCAACAAGAAGACGAAGCACAUGCUGCCCACGGGAUUCAGAAAAUUCCUGGUCCACAAUGUCAAGGAGCUGGAAGUGCUCAUGAUGAGCAACAAGUCGUACUGCGCAGAGAUUGCUCACAACGUGUCUUCUAAGAACCGCAAGGUCAUUGUGGAGAGAGCAGCUCAGCUGGCCAUCAAGAUCACUAAUCCAAACGCCAGGCUGCGCAGCGAGGAGAACGAAUAAACGGCCUCCUACAUCUGGAAUGUAUUUAAUAAAGCGUGAAUACAAAC